AUGAUAAAAACAACAAAUCUUACCAAAACAGUUUAUAAUUCUAAUCCAACUCAUUCCCAACCAAUUAAUUUAUUUACACCAUCAACAACAUCAUCAUCAGGAUCAACAUGUGAAACAGAUCCACCAUCAAUAAGCUCAUCAUAUAAGAGUAAUAUCGGUAUUAAUGAUGAUAUAAAUCAUAUUCAACAUGAUGAAUCAAGUUUAUCAUUGAUAACUCUUAUUGAUAAACUUAAACGUGAAUUAGCAACAGCUAAACAAGCUAAAAACCAGUUAGCAGCACUCUAUAAAGUAAAAUGUAAAUCUGAUCUUGAUAAAUCAGCUAAAAUUACAAAACUUCGUUUACAAUUUGAAUAUGAAUUAAAUACAUUUUGUAAACAAGAUCAAAAAGAUCUUGUAUGUUAUUUACAACGACAAUUACUUAUACGUGAUCAACGUAUUACUGAAUUAUCUUAUGAUAUUGAACAAUUAAAAACUAAUACAUUAAAUAAUAAUGAUAAUGAAAAAAUAAAUAAAAAACUUGAACCAAUACAAAUUUUACGAAGCAAUGAUCCUGAUCUCGUUACUUCAACAAAUCGUCGAUUGUAUGAUGAACAAGAACGAGGAUUACAAAGAGAAAAUAUUGAAUUGAAUGAUCGUAUUAAACGAUUUGAAAAACAAUUAGAAGUACUAAAACAUAAUCAACCGAAAGAUCAUGAUAAAGAAUUGAUUAAACGAGUUUUAACUAAACAAGCAAGUGAAUAUACUAAAUUAUUAACGAAAAAAGAUCAAGAAAUUGAACAAUUAAAUGAACAAGUUAAACAACUUUCAAAAUCAAGUCUUCUUGAAUCAGCAUUACGUCAAUCAAAUAUUGAAAAAUUACAUCUUGAAAAACGUCUUUUAUCAUCGGUAUCAUCAUUAAAUUCUACGACGACAACUAAUGUUGACGUAAAAUUAAGUAUGGCAAAUCCAUCAUCAUUACGUUUUACUGGUUUUAUACGUGAUGUUCGAACAUCUAAACGUAAUUUACAACAAACAUUAUCGCAGCCAAUAUCAACUGCACCGACAAGUACAAAUGAAGAACAAUCAUGUUCUCCAGGGUCUAGUGGGUCAUCAGUAUUUUUUGAUGACCCAGUUAAUUAUCAAGCAUUACAAAAAAUGAAUGAAGGAUUUAAAACAGAAAUACAGCGUUUGACAUGUUCUAAUGAAGACAAUACGGUUAAAUUAAAAUUACAGUUUCAACAAUAUGAUGAACUUCAACAAGCAUAUAAACAACUUGAAAUAAAAUAUAAUCAAUUAUCAGAUAUAGAAAAAGUUUAUAGAAAAGAAAAAUUAUUAUGUGAUUCUUAUUGUCAUGAAAAUGAACAAUUAAAAGAAAAAUUAUUAUAUAUACAAAAUGAAAUUAAUCAUAAAUAUUCAAAUGAAUAUAAUAAACAAAAACAAAAAAUUGAUUUAUUAGAAGAUGAUCUUUUAACAUUAAAAUCUACACAAAAUUAUCAACAAGAUUUACAAAUGAAAAUUGAACAUUUACAAAAAGACCUUCAAUUAAGCAUUAAAGAGUGUGAGACUACCUCGGCAUUAAAUACACAACUUCGUAAUGAAAUUACAAACGCAACACAUACAAAUGAACGAUUAACGGAAGAAUGUGAGACAUUACGACGUGCUUUAAUAGCUAAAUCAGAUGAAUAUGAUUUGAAACAACGUGAAAAUGAACAGUUAAAAACUAAAAAUAUAGAUCUUGAAUCAAUAAUUAAAUCAUUACAAGAUGCAAAUGAUUUACAAAAACGACUAAAUGAUGAAAAUGAAACAAAUAAACAAGAAUUAAAGAAAAAACAAGAUGAUUUUGAACAAUUUCAAAAAAUGCAUGAUACAACAAAACAAGAACAUCAAACGACAAUUCAUGUACUUCAAGACAAAAUUCAGGAUCUGGAACGUAAAACUGAAUUACAAACUUCAAAAUACGAAGAAAUUCUUCUUCAAUUACAAUCAUUAAAAACACAACAACAUCGUGUAUUACCUUCAUCAACUGAAAAUAGUCCAUUGACUAAUAAUAAUUAUCACAAUCCAUUAACAAUUAUGUCUAAUUCUCAAAUAUUAACAAGAGAUGAUAGUGCACCUAUUCAUUCACAUCAACGAUUAAAAAAUUUAAAUGAUAAAUUAGCUCGAAUUGUCGUAGCAAAAUAUUCUUAUGAACCAUUAAGAUUUUCUCCAAAUGAUCAUCCAGAAAUUGAAUUACCACUUAAAUUAGGAGAAUAUUAUCUUAUCUAUGGCAAUAUUGAUGAAGACGGUUUUUAUGAUGGUAGAAAUUUAGAUGGUCGAUAUGGUUUAAUACCAUCAAAUUUUAUUGAAUUAGUAAAAAAUCCAAAUGAUUUACCUGAAAAUACAAAACAUAUUAUUCAAAAAUUAAUUGGAAAUUCAUAUCAUCAUGAACUAACAUCUAGUUUAGAUUCAGAUUCUUCUAAUAUGAAUUCUUCUAUUCAUAAUCCAAUAGUCCGAACGCCAACAAAUAGUAAUGCAUCGGAUACAACAAUUAGUGAUCUUUCCUAUGGAAAAAAUAUUCCACAUCCAACUAAUCUUCAUAUUGAAAAGCUUUUUAGUAAUAGUGUUUUAAUUGCUUGGGAUCCACCUUUAUCUACUAUACAAAUUCUUGGUUAUCAAGUUAUGCUUGAUCAAACACUUUAUACAACUAUACAGAGUAAUGAACGCACACAUGUUUUAAUUGAAAAUAUAAAUUUAAAUGAAAAACAUCAUCGAAUUAGUAUUCGAACAAUAACACAACUUGGUUUAUCACGUGAUCAACAAUGUACAUUAUUAUUAACAAAUUCAAAAGAUUUAUCUUAUAUACCAAAAGAUUUACGUGUUGAUAGAAUAAAUCAAACAUCAGCUGUUAUUUCAUGGUGGCCAGCAUCAAAUGAUAUUAUUCAUAAAUUAUUUGUUAAUGAUAAAGAAAUACAAACAAUUAAACCAGGAACUUACCGAUUUAAAUUAACAAAUUUAGUACCAAAUACAAUACAUAAAAUAACAAUUAAAGCAAAACCAUCAAUAACAACUAAUAUACAACAACAACAACAAUUAGCAUCUUCUAUUGAAUUUCGAACAACUUCAUUUGGUAAUGAAUUUUGCCAACGAAAAGAAAUCUUUCAAUUUAUUAAUCAUCUUUGA